AUGUCUGACGGCGAAAAUCCAGCUGCGACUCAGGAUCUCGAGCCAAAGGCGGAGGACGCCAACGCGCCGAUUAACAUCAAGGUGACGACACAAACGGGAGAGGAAGUCUUCUUCAAAAUCAAGCGAAACACGAAGCUAAGCAAGCUUCAGGGCGCAUAUGCUUCGAAAGUGGGCAAGGACGUAAACAGUAUUCGAUUUUUGUACGAUGGUGCCAGAAUAAACGAUGAUGAUACACCAGCAUCACUAGACAUGGAAGAUAACGACACGAUUGACGUGAUGGUUGAACAGGUCGGGGGCUCAGCGUAA